UAGUGACUAUGAAAGCAUAACGUGACAAACUCUUCUCAUUCUCUCUCUCGCUCUUGCGGUGUCUGCCCUCGCACGAGGUAAAAAAAAAAAAACUAUCGGCUGUGUUCGUACUGAGUACAGCCAAGUGACGGAAUUCGUGUGAUGUACUCUAGGAUGUGCUUUUGAGGUAUGUUACCCUGUAUAAACCGUCCUGAAGAAGGUGCUGCAGUUCUGACUUAACCAAGGGUACUAGAACAGACACAGAGCCACCAUGAAGCACAUAUUGUGUCUUCUCUGUUUCGCUGGACUCCUGCCUUCAUGCCUGGCACAGCUUACUGACGCAGACGCUGAAGACUGUAUUGUGUAUGAAGGAAAGAGCAGCAGUGAACCACCCGUCAAGGAGUUACAACAACAGGUGUUGACAGCAGUAACACCACAGAGCCAAAUGUUCUCUGCUACCCUGAGUCUCAGCUCUGCCAACAGCAGCCACAUCUGUACAAUCCAUUUUAUAUCGCCGUUUGUACUAACGUCCUGCACCGACGGAGACACAACAAAGAAUUCCCCGAAACACAAGUGGCCAGUGGAGGUCUUCCGCCAGGAUGACACGACUGAGCUCUGGUUACAGAUAACUGAUUCAGAAGAUGCGAUCCCCUCCUCUGACUUGGUGUUGGUUGGUCGAAGAGGAAAGCACCGAGGUCAUCUGGUGUUCCCCAACAGCGGAUUGACGCCUCCAGUCCGCAUGCAGUGGAAGCCGAUACAAGAGAUGGAAUAUUACUUCAACUGCAUAACGGGAUGUGUCCUGAGCAAGGCAGCAGAGACCCAGGUUGGGGAGCACACAGUCUUCCUGCGUCAGGGUGAAGGAGACUUGCACCUCACACUCUCUUAUGAAUCAGGUGCACGAGGUCAAUACGUAACCAACCUGACCUUGGCUGACCUAGGCCCCCCAGGAGGCCUCAAGACCAUUACACUUGUCUGGAAUGAUCGAGUCGGUGACACUGGGGUGUUGCUGGAUGGUGUCCCUCUAGGGGGUCUCACCAAGUACUCAUCCCUCAACGUGAACAGCGGUGUGAAAGUGGAGGUGAUGGAGGGAGAGGCUCUGGUGGCCGCUUGCAACCAUCACUUCCACGACGUGACAGUGCUUCCUCCUGCACGACGUUCCCCGAGGUCCACGGAGACUGGCAUCCCAGUGUGGAUCCUGGUGCUGUUGGCCGUUGUGCUUCUUACAGGUCUGGCUACAACCGCCCUCUUCGCUGUCCUCCACUACUCCGCCACAAUGAAACUCCAGCAGCUGCAGGGGACAACCUUUUCCUCCAUCCCGAGGACCUCCUCCCUACGGUCUAGCAAACGACACAAGGAUCUUCCCGGCGGGACUCCUAAAGAGGCCGAGGAAGACUGCAAGAGUGCCUCUGAGGUGACCAUGGCCCACUCGGAGACAACAGUGACUCCACUGACCACUCCAGCCUCGCUUAAUAAUGGUCCUAGGUCAAAUAAGCUCGUCGAAACCAGAGAUUUUGUUGAUUUAGAGCUCAUGUGAUAAGGGUCCUCUGGGUGGCGUACUUAUGUCUGUGCCAUUUCGCUCAGGAUAAACUGACCUCUAAAGGUGUAGCGACUUUUUUCACAUUUCACAUAAUUUAAUUUUAUUAUAAAUAAAAAUUUUAUAAAUUUUUUAAAUUCCUGUUAUGCACAAAAUGAUUUUAACCAGUUAAAGCUAUAAAAAGCGAUACUAUUUUUCAAUCAUUAGGAUUUGUACAAAUUCAACAUUUUUAAACACACGGAUUCCUCAAGAGAGACUUCUUGACGCCGGCGAGGGAUCAUGAUUCAAGAUGUUGGGGCUGUUUUCCCCUUCCUUGGAACGAACCUGAUGGCGCUAUUUGACCCAUUAUGGGGUUAUCGCUUUUCCUAAAUAUAAUAAUUAUAACUGAAUUUAUAUAUCCUAUUACAAAAUUAAUAGUAUAUCAUGCUAGCAUUUUUUAAUAACUAGCGUAAAAGUAUAUUAAUAUAAAAACAAUUUCACAUCAAUUAAAUAACGAUUUUAAUAGAUAAAUAUUCCGUUCUCAUCGUCUGAGUUUCCCACUGGGAGAUAGCCACUGGCCCAGCGGUAGCGCCUCCGUCUGGAGUUUUGUGACUCUGAUCGCGGGUUCUAUUCCCGCUCGUGGUAUGGUUUGUCUACAAUCGCGUCAUUACGCUUUCGUGAGUCAUACUGAGAGAAAAUGUUAUUAUAUAUAUAUAUAUAUAUAUAUAUAUAUAUAUAUAUAUAUAUAUAUAUAUAUAUAUAUAUAUAUAUAUAUAUAUAUAUAUAUAUAUAAUUUCAUGUAUGCGCGUGUUUAUGGAUAAUUUUUUGUUGUUGCCGAGACAGGGCUUAGAGUUAUAUUUUAAAUUUAAUAUGUAGCAAAACGACAUUUUCUUACACUAAUUUUUUUCUUUGAAAUUUUCUCCCCUUAUUUAAUGUGGCUCAUUUUACUCUGUAAAAGUUUAUUUCUCAUGAAAAUUCUCUAUUGUGUUUGUGAAUGUGUUUUGUGUCAAAGAGAAUAACAUAAGAAAAAAAUUUGAGA